AUGCAUAGUAAGGUUGUUAUUAUUGGCUCAGGCCCGGCGGCUCACACUGCUGCCGUAUAUCUUGCGCGUGCGGAAUUAAAACCAAAUGGAAUUGCUGCCGGUGGACAAUUGACUACUACCACCGAUGUAGAGAAUUUCCCUGGUUUCCCUAAAGGAAUCGGUGGACAAGAACUUAUGGAUAAUAUGCGCGCACAAUCCGAACGAUUCGGUACUCAAAUCAUCACCGAAACAGUUGCAAAAGUUGAUCUCUCCAAACGUCCUUUCAAAUACUGGACCGAAUGGGAUGACAAGACAGAACACACAGCAGAUUCCAUCAUCAUCGCUACGGGUGCAUCAGCUCGCAGACUCGGUCUUCCAGGUGAGGAGAAAUACUGGCAAAAUGGUAUCUCUGCUUGCGCAGUCUGCGAUGGAGCCGUGCCAAUUUUCAGAAAUAAGCCCUUGGUAGUUAUUGGUGGUGGAGAUAGUGCUGCGGAGGAAGCUAUGUUCCUUACGAAAUACGGAUCUCAUGUUACGGUUUUGGUCCGAAAAGAUCAUUUACGUGCAUCGAAAACGAUGGCUAAGAGAUUACUUGCCAACAAGAAAGUUACUGUUAAAUUCAACACGGUUGGAGGCGAAAUUACUGGUAAUGAUAAGGGAUUGAUGACGCAUAUGGUUUUUAAGAACGUCGUUACUGGAGAGGAAGAGAAAGCAGAAGCCAAUGGAUUAUUCUAUGCCGUAGGACAUGAUCCAGCUACUGCAUUGUUCAAAGAGCAAAUCGACACUGAUUCCGAGGGAUAUAUUGUAACCAAGCCCGGAACGAGUUACACAAAUGUGGAGGGAGUUUUUGCCGCAGGUGAUGUUCAGGAUAAGAGAUACAGACAGGCUAUUACUAGUGCCGGGUCUGGAUGUAUAGCAGCUUUGGAGGCAGAAAAAUUCCUCGCUGAGCAAGAGGAUGGGGAAAAUGAUUUGGAGAAGACGGAUGCUGAAAAGGGUAGCAAUGUUGUUGUUCCUGAGUAUAGAUCUAACCCUUUGCUUUAA